AUAAAAAUACUAAGAAACUAAAAAAUUUAAAUAAUUAAAAUACUGAUUGAGAGUAGGGUUAGGGAAGGGUAAAAGGAAAAGAAGAGAGAGGCGAAAUAGGAAUCGCUCCGACGGACUUCACAUUUUGGCAUUGAACUGCAAUCCGGCUUCAGCUCAACAGCAAUCUAGUUUCAGUCAUGCUAGCUGCUAGACUUUUCGGGAGGACAUUCUUGGCAGCGGCGGCAAAAUCAGAGAGCUCAGCCGCUGCAGCAGCUGCUUCAUCUGCUACAAGAGAAGCCCUUAAUCCACUUGAACAGUUCUUUGAAGUUGAUAGAACUGCAGAGGACGAUAAGCCUGUUGUCUAUGGUCGAGGUUGGAAGGCUUCUGAAUUGCGACUGAAGUCUUGGGAUGAUCUUCAGAAGUUAUGGUAUGUUCUUCUGAAGGAGAAGAACAUGUUGAUGACUCAACGCCAGAUGCUUAAUGCUCAGAACCUGCGUUUUCCUAAUCCAGAGCGUAUGUCCAAGGUAAGGAAGUCGAUGUGCCGAAUCAAGCAUGUGCUCACUGAGAGAGCAAUUGAUGAAGCAGAUCCAAGGAGGUCAACUGAAAUGAAGAGGAUGAUAAAUGCUCUAUAAUUUCCAUACACUCAUUCGGUAGUAGUGUUUAUAUGCCCUUAUAAUGAGUAUUUGGGUUUACCUCCCGUCUUCUAUUAGCCCCACAUGUAGGAAACUCACUUGUUUGUGUUGUGGUCAUGAAUUGACAAAUUUCGUCUAUCUACACAACUGUCCUGACAUUUAUGAUGGCAAACUCUGUGAACGAAUUCAGUAGGAUGUUAUGGAGAUGGCAAUUUUGUUUAAAA